GCCACACUCUCGCAAAGCAGAAAAGCCACUCUGAUGAUCCCAUUCUCUCACAUAUUUAAAGGCUAAGGACCCAAGAAGCAGAGAAAGCAGCAAAGGGAGACUCACCUAGAGCAGACCUUCACUAUAGCUCGUGUGUGAUUCACGAGAUACACACACAAAAACAAAGCCAAAGAACUCACAGGAAAGGAAGAAGAGAAAGGAAAAGGGUUGAGAGAAUUAAUGGAGAAGAGUAAGGGUAGCAGUAGCGGUAGCACAAGCACAGAAAAGAUAAAGACAAGUGGGGGAAAUGGACAGGUUUUAGACGGUUCAGAUAUAAUGGAGUUGGUUGGGAAUGAAGAGGUGUUUAGCAGUUUUGUGGAUCAUAAGUUCCAAGAGCUGGAUAGGGAUAGAGAUGGUAAGCUCUCUUUGAAAGAACUUGAACCUGCCGUUGCUGAUAUUGGCGCUGCCCUAGGCUUGCCUGCUCAGGGUUCAUCUCCUGAUUCUGAUCAUAUCUACACCGAGGUUCUAAAUGAAUUCACACAUGGCAAGCAAGAGAGAGUGAGCAAGACUGAGUUCAAAGAAGUUCUAUCAGAUUUUCUUCUAGGCAUGGCUUCUGGUUUGAAGCGAGACCCCAUAGUGAUCCUCCGUAUUGAUGGAGAAGACCUCUUAGAGUUCAUCAAUGGACCAGAUUAUGAAGCAGAAAUGGUGCUCUUGUUUUCACAGUUAGAAUCACCUGAUGGAUCACUCCAUGACCACAUUGUCAAAGUUUUGGAACAACUUACAGUAGAUCAAGGGAUGCCCCCGUCUUCAGAUUCUUGGGUAAUGAGCAACAUUGUGGAACCAGCUUUACAAUCUUGUACUGGUCAAGAUCAUGACAAGCCGCUUUCUCAAGAGACAUUCCUGGCGGAGUUCAGGAAAGUGGCAGAGAGUGUAGCUCAACAUCUCAAAGAGCAGCCUGUGAUUGUUGCACACUGUGAAAACACCUUUGAUGGAAGUGGAAUUAGGAGACUCUUAUCCAACAAAUUUGAAUUAGACAAGACACUAAACACAGCAACGGAGAAUGCCCCAAAGGAUCGCAAUGGGAAAAUAUCUAACGAGUAUUUGCGUGUGGCACUAGAUGCGGUCGCUCCGUCAGCUGGCCUGCCUCCAAUCGGUGCGAUCCAAGAGAUGGACGAGGUUAUAAGCGAAGUGUUUAAGAUGAUGAAUGCAGAUGAUGGGAAACUGGUUAAAGAGGAUGAGUUUAAGAAGAUGUUGACUGAAAUCAUGGGAAGCAUAAUGUUGCAGUUAGAGAGCAACCCCGUCUCCAUUUCUUCAAAUUCUGUUGUCCAUGAGCCCCUCGCUUCCUCCACUACACUUUUGCAGCCAUCUUCCUAGUUACAAAAAUCGAAUCACAAAAUCUAAGUUCUUGUUUUAAGCAUAUCGCGGAAAAUAUAUUUAUAGUAAAAAUAAAAUAACAAGUCGAAUAAAUGUUUGUUUAAUUAGGGCUAAGUCGAUCAGUAGUUCGGUUCUUGUGCUAGCCUCUUGAGUGUGCAGAUAUAAUAGAAUAGAGGGUCAAGGCGUCGAGCAAUAUUUCAACGAUAAUCCUUCCCUACUUGGUGUUCUUCGUUCUUCCUUGAUAUACUAAUCUAUCUUGUUAAUCCUUUAUUGGCAGUCUUGUCCAUGAUCUAGGAUUUUGAUUGUGUUGGCCACAGGGUGUUAUAAUCCAAGUCAUAUACAGUUUUAAGUGUAAAUUUAUGUUGAUUUUAAGUAAUCUAGUGGUUAUAACA